CCCUCAAAACUGAAAGCGCCUUCACGAUUCCAUCCACAACCCCAACGGCUUUUCGACGCGCGUGGCAGCCGUUACCUUCCCAACACCUCUUCUUCAGUUUCUAUCCGAUUCGUUCUUCGAGGAACCCGACCUGCAAGCGCACAUCCUACUCCUGCUACUCCUACUGUCAACACCUUCCUAAACGAGAGCGUGUACAACAAUUGCUUUCACACUGGAUGAGCACGACAUCACAAAUUCACAAUAAUGAGUCAUCUCCUCAACGAUGGCCAUGAUGCGCUUUCAUAAGUUUUUCACUCCCUUCCAGAUACUCGCCACAUAAUUAUCUUUGAAAUGCCAUUCAUUGUGACGAACAUGGCUCUCACAAAUGAUGCCCAGAACUCGUUCUUCCUAGACGAGCUUCUCUGUGAGGAAGACGGUUUUUCAGAGGAUGGUACUCAAGGAGAGACAUACGGGGAAAAGUCCCCAUCUUUGCCUUUGAUUUUGUUACACAAUGAUAUUUUCUUGGACGACGAUGAUCUUGCCUCUCUAAUAUCAAAAGAAAGAGGGACCCAUUACGGUCUUGGUAAUCUAAUAAUCGAUGAGCCUCUCAAGGAAGCUCGCGAAGAGGCUGUGUUCUGGGUUUUGAAGGUUUCUGCUCACCACAAUUUCUCUGCUCUGACCACUGUUCUUGCUGUGAACUACUUCGAUCGCUUCAUCCAAAGUCUAAUCUUUCGGAGAGACAAGCCAUGGACGACACAGCUCGCUGCAGUUGCUUGUUUAUUUCUGGCUGCAAAAGUGGAGGAGACUCCUGUGCCGCAUCUCGCAGACCUUCAAGUGGAGGAAUCCAAGUAUGAAUUCGAAGCAAAAGAUAUAAAGCGAAUGGAGCUUCUAGUGUUAUCAACUCUUCAAUGGAAGAUGAAUCCUGUGACUCCAAUUUCUUUCUUCGGCCACAUUGUGAGAACACUCCGUUUAAAGAGCCACUCGCACUGUGAAUUCCUCUUGCGAUGCGAACGCGUUUUGCUUUUACUGCUCGCGGAUUCGAAGGUUAUGAGUCAUCUUCCUUCCAUAAUAGCUGCGGCUACAAUGGUCCACGUUAUCCGGGACAUUGAACCGUUUAAUGCUGGGGAAUACAGAAACCAGCUUCUGGGUUUACUCAAAAUCAACGAGGAACAAGUGAACCAGUGCUACAAACUUGUUUUGAAAAUACUAUGGUGUCAUGAAGACAUCCAAAAUCUUCAAAGCAGACGCGAACGCCCAUCUGAACCGAGAAGCCCAGAUGGUGUCAUCGAUGCUUUCUUUAACUAUGAUAGUUCGAAUGAUUCGUGGGCCGUAGGAUCAGUCUCAGUUUCAGAGGAGCCAAUGUUGAAGAAGAAUCGAUCUCAGUCUCAGGAGCAGCCUAUGCAAUUGGCUUCAUAAAAUCGCGUCCAUUGAUUUAUUGAUGUUAUUAAUGCCCUUCGAUAGUUUACCUACUGGUUAGUAAUUAUUUCAAACAUGGCAGCUACUAGCUAGUCUUCUUUUCGUUAUCAAUCUGGCAAUGAUCAUAUCAUGGAAUGUAACUUUGGUUAUCACAGUUUUGUUCUUUGGUUCUAUACAUUCCUGGCCGAAAAAUGAA